AUGGCCUUUCUGAUCAAACAAGCUGUGGUCAGUGUAGGGCUUGAUCCAGCACGGUACUCCACGCAUUCCGUCAGAAUUGGAGGUGCGACGAAGCUCCUAAAUGCAGGUGCAGACCGGUUGGUGAUCAAAGUGCUCGGUAGACGGUUAUCCAAUGCCUUCGAGGAAUACCCAGUUUUGUCGGCCGAAGGCUCGCGCGAUAUUGCAAGCCUAAUGUGUUAG